AUGGGUACAGCGUACAACGAAGCCGUCGACACUAUCCGUCCUGUCGAGUAUCCUUCUCUAACAACCACCACCACCAGAGACAACAAUGAUAGAAGUAUAAUCUACCUCGACCACGCCGGCGCAACCCUCUACGCCCGCUCGCUAGUCAACGCCUACACGGCAGACCUCCAAUCCGCCAUCUACGGCAACCCGCACUCAGAGAGCACGCCGUCGCGGACAUCAAGUGCGCGCGUAGCGGCCGCGCGCACGCAGCUACUGCACUUCUUCGGCGCCAGCCCGCAGCACUUCGACCUCGUCUUCACGGCGAAUGCCACCGCGGCUGUGAAGCUCGUGGGCGAGUGUCUGGCGCAGGGGGGCGGCGGCCGCGGCUUCCGCUAUGUGUAUCACCAGGAUUCGCAUACCAGCCUUGUGGGAGUAAGGCAGAUGGCGGCGGAGAGUGUCUGUCUUGAGGACGAUGCCGCUGUGGAGAGGUGGAUUCGUCGUGGCGGGUCGGCCUGGAUGGAGGAGAUGGUUACCCUGUUGGGGUAUCCGGGACAAAGUAAUAUGACGGGGAGGCGGUUGCCGAGGUCUUGGCCAGCGCAUAUUAGGAGCAAUGGCGCGCACAAAACAACCUACACGCUGUGGGACGCUGCAGCGCUGGCUUCGACGAGUCCGCUGUCGUUGUCAGACGUGGACACCGCGCCGGACUUCACUGCCGUGUCGCUGUACAAGAUCUUCGGCCUGCCAGACGUGGGGUGUCUUAUCGUGCGCAAGGCCUCGGCGCACCUGCUAGUCUCGCAGGCGCGCUACUUCGGCGGCGGCACGGUGGACAUGGUGGCGAAUUCGAGUCCGGGGUCAUCUUCGUCGCGGGCCUGGCACGCUGUGAAGGCGGACACGCUGCACGAUGCCCUAGAGGACGGUACGCUGCCGUUCCAUUCCCUGCUGGCGGUGGGGCACGCGGUGCGUCUGCACGAGGACCUACUCGGCGGUAUGGCACGCGUGUCGGCGCACUGUGCAUUCCUGACCUCGCGGCUGUAUACCGCGUUGGAUGGGCUGCGGCACGCGAACGGCAGCAAGCUGGUGCGCGUGUAUACCGGCUCUGGGCGCCCUGCGUUUGGGGACCCGGUGCUGCAGGGUCCGACUGUCGCGAUGGCUGUGGUGGAUCCGGCAGGAAGGGCCCAUGGGUACGCGGACGUGGAACGCGCGGCGGAUGCAGACGGCGUGUAUCUUCGGAGUGGGUCGGUUUGUAACCCUGGGGGAAUGUCAUAUCUGGGGUGGACGAAGAUGCACGAUAGGGUGGCUGCGUUUGAGGCGGGGCAUCGCUGUUCGGCGCCCAUUCAAGAGGUCGGCGGGCGUGCGACGGGAAUAGUGAGAGUUUCUUUAGGGGCCAUGAGCAGCUUGGGGGACGUGGAUGGGUUUGUGGAGUGGCUUGCGCGGAAGUAUCUUGAUGUUUAUGUGGAUGAUCGUGGUUCCAGUUCUUUCUCGUUGGGGCCGUUCAAGGAGACUGUGGAGGAGCGAGGAGUGGCGAGGAGGUACGAUGCGUGCAUAAUGCGGCUGGUGAGGGGCUUGGUCAGGUUGAAUUGA